AGACCAAUAGGUGGCGGAAAGGCAGCUUUUUUCACCAAACUGUCAAAAACACGAGAAGAAGAAAAAGAAGAGCUGCGCUCCGAACCGAUGUUUCAAAACAGAAGAUUAUCACGUAUUCAAGGCAUUGAAUCAUUUACAAGUGAAGACAUUCAUUCAUACCAUCAAGAAAGAUUGAAACAUUGUAAAGACUGAGUUUAUCGAGGAUUGCAGUGAGCUCACCUAGAAGAUGAGUGAUCCAGAACACGUCACAGUGAAGCUUGAUGAUACUGAAGAACGAGACCUGAAGAAAAAGGAUAAGGAAAUUAAAGAACUGAAUGAAGGGGAAGAAAAUCAUCAUGUCAUAAGUUGCUCACAGAAGGAAAGAGAAUUUGUACGGAAAAGAAGAGCCAAAAAAAUCUUCACUUGCCCUCAGUGUGGAAAAUCAUUCCCGUACAAAAGCAGUUUGGAAGAUCACAUGAACAUCCACACAGGACAGAAGCCACACACAUGUGAUCAAUGUGAGAAAAGUUAUGCACUUAAAGGAAGCCUUAAUGAACACAUGAAAAUCCACACUGGAGACAAGCCACACGCAUGUGAUAAGUGUGGGAAGAGAUUCACACACAAAAUGACCCUUAAGAAACACAUAAAAAUCCACACUGGAGAGAAGCCACACACAUGUGAUCAGUGUGGGAAGAGUUUCACACGAAAAGAAACCCUUAAGGAUCACCUGAGAAUCCACACUGGACAGCCGCUGCACACAUGUGGUCAAUGCGGGAAGAGUUUUGUACAUACAGUCAGUCUUAAUAAACAUCUGCGUUCUCAUAUUAGAGCUCAUCAAAGAUCCUUUAACUGUGAUCAGUGUGGUAAAAAGUUUCGUUGGGCACAAUCCCUGAAGGAGCACAUGACCAUUCAUACACAGGAGAAGCCUCAUGUGUGUUCUUUGUGUGGAAAGAGUUUUUCACGACUGUAUACUUUAAAAAUACACCAGAAACGACACAGUAGUGUGAAGAGUCAUAUUUGCUCUGAUUGUGGGAAGUCCUUCUUUACAGAUGGCCAGAUGAAGCUGCACCAAAGAAUUCACACUGGAGAAAAACCUUACAAGUGUUCACAUUGUGAUAGUAGAUUCAGUCGGGUAGAGUCUCUGAAAACACACGAGAAGAUCCACACCGGAGUGAAGCUGCACAUGUGUGGUCACUGCGGUAAGAGAUUCACACUGAUAGGAAACCUUAAUGAACACAUUAAAAUCCACUCUGGACAGAAACCGCAUGCAUGCGUUCAGUGUGGAAAGAGGUUCACACACAAAGGAGCUCUUAAGAAACACAUAAAAAUCCACACUGGAGAGAGGCCGCACACAUGUGGUCAGUGUGGGAAGAGUUUCACAGUCAAAGGAGCUCUUAAGAAACACAUACAAAUCCACACUGGAGAGAAGCCACACACAUGUGAUCAGUGUGGCAAGAGUUUCACACAAAAAGAAACCCUUAAGAAACACAUAAAAAUCCACACUGGAAAGAGGCCACACACAUGUGAUCAGUGUGGGAAGAGAUUCACACUAAUAGGAACCCUUAAUGAACACAUGAAAAUCCACACUGGAGAGAAGCCACACACAUGUGAUCAGUGCGGAAAGAAAUUCACACACAAAGGUACUCUUAAGAAACACAUAGAAGUCCACACUGGAGAGAGGCCGCACACAUGUGAUCAGUGUGGGAAGAGUUUCACAGUCAAAGGAGACCUUCAGUUACACAUGAAUAGCCACACUGGAGAGAGGCCGCACACAUGUGAUCAGUGCGGGAAGAGUUUCACAGUCAAAGGAGACCUUCAGUUACACAUGAACAGCCACACUGGAGAGAAGCCGCACACUUGUGAUCAGUGUGGGAAGAGUUUCACACACACAUAUUUUCUCAAGAAACACCUGUUGAUCCACAGUGGAGAGAAGCCGCACACGUGUGAUCAGUGCGGGAAGAGUUUCACAGUCAAAGGAAACCUUAAGUCACACAUGAAUAGCCACUCUGGGGAGAAGCCGCACACUUGUGAUCAGUGUGGGAAAAGUUUUACAUUAAAAGGAAACCUUAAGAUACACAUGAAUAUCCACACGGGAGAGAAGCCACACACUUGUGAUCAGUGCGGGAAGAGUUUCACAGUAAAAGGAAACCUUAAGUCACACAUGAAUAGCCACUCUGGAGAGAAGCCUCACACUUGUGAUCAGUGUGGGAAAAGUUUUACAUUAAAAGGAAACCUUAAGAUACACAUGAAUAUCCACACGGGAGAGAAGCCACACCUGUGUUCUUUGUGUGGAAAACGUUUUACAUGGCUGCACGCCUUAAAAGUACACCAGAAGACACAUAGCAGUGUGAAAGCAGUGUGAAAAGACAUUUGCUACAGUGGACAAAGUUUUAAUGUCUCCAGAGAAUUUACUCUGGAGAAAAGCCUUUUAAGUACUGACACAAUGAUAAGCGAUCCAGUCUGUCAGGACACGUGAAACCAAAUCGGAGAUGAUCCACACUGGAGAUCAGUUGUAUCUGUAGGUAUCACUAAGUGUAGUGCCAUUAAGUAUAGUUUUGUUCAGAUGCAUUUUCAAGCUAAAAUGUGCAUCAAGACCAUGAGUUUCAAGUGUUGGGAUUGAAAUGAAUUCAAAGUUUGAGUUCCUUUAAAGGCUAUACUAUUUAAGUGUCAUGUUGCUUUACAUGUACAGAAUGUUGUCUCCAAAUUUACCAUGUGCAGAUGUAAGAUAAACAAUCAAACUAA